CCUUUACCUGCCUCCUCCCUCACCUCAGAUUUAGCCGGCACCCAUCUUUUCCAGCCUGGGAACCCUCCCCCCCAACGGCUAACAUCGCCACUGUAUCUUCUUCCUCUCCUCCUCUCCCCACCCUCUCCUCUUCUCUCUUCUCCCUGCCCCUUUAAAUCUUCCUGGCCCAGCCUCCCCCGUGAUGCUGGGAUGGAGCAAACAUUGAUUUGUGCUGGGAUGGAAUCGGAAUUUUGAUUUUUUUUUUCCUCUCCCAACCAUAAGAAGGAAAAAAAUAAUAAAACACCCCCUUUUCAUAGCCCCCUCUCCUUUCCCAUCCAGUUCCCAGCUCCUCAUCCCUAUCUCCAUCCAAGGCAGAUUUUUUUUCCCCUCCACUAUUCUCAUUCCCCCCCCCACACCCCUGCCACUACCUCGCCCCCCACCCCCACCGCCUGCUCCUCCAGCUGGGGAGAGAGGGGACUCGCGGCUCUCCCACCUUCGCUCCCUGGGUAGGAGCAGUCUCUCCGGAAGGGGAGGGGGCUUUGGCUUGUCGGGACGAGGUGGGAGUGGAGGUACCCGGCCAUGGAUGCUGUGCCUGGGAGGCAGCCUGAGCCCCAGCCCACAUGCCACUCAGGAUGAGGGUCCGGCCCUGCCAGCCCGCGCUGGGGCCCCCCCGCCCGGCCCCGGUCUAACUGCCCCCGCCCCCAGGCCUCGCCCGGCUUGCAGGCCCCCAGCCGGCUCUCCAGCCCCAGGAUGCGCUGAGCCGCCGGGGGGCUGAGGCCGCGCCAACUACAUGCAUGUCCCCCGGGGGCAAGUUCGACUUUGACGACGGGGGCUGCUACGUGGGGGGCUGGGAGGCGGGGCGGGCACAUGGCUACGGCGUGUGCACGGGGCCCGGCGCCCAGGGCGAGUACAGCGGCUGCUGGGCGCACGGCUUCGAGUCACUGGGCGUCUUCACGGGGCCCGGCGGACACAGCUACCAGGGCCACUGGCAGCAGGGCAAGCGCGAAGGGCUGGGCGUGGAGCGCAAGAGCCGCUGGACGUACCGCGGCGAGUGGCUGGGCGGGCUGAAGGGGCGCAGCGGCGUGUGGGAGAGCGUGUCGGGCCUGCGCUACGCCGGGCUCUGGAAGGACGGCUUCCAGGACGGCUACGGCACCGAGACCUACUCCGACGGAGGCACCUACCAGGGCCAGUGGCAGGCCGGGAAGCGCCACGGCUACGGGGUGCGCCAGAGUGUGCCCUACCAUCAGGCGGCGCUGCUGCGCUCUCCCCGCCGCACCUCCCUGGACUCUGGCCACAGCGACCCCCCGACACCGCCCCCGCCCCUGCCCCUGCCGGGCGACGAGGGAGGCAGCCCGGCCUCGGGCUCCCGGGGAGGCUUCGUGCUGGCCGGGCCGGGGGACGCUGACGGCGCGUCCUCCCGAAAGCGCACCCCCGCGGCCGGCGGGUUCUUCCGCCGCUCGCUGCUGCUCAGCGGGCUCCGGGCGGGCGGGCGCCGCAGCUCCUUGGGCAGCAAGCGGGGCUCCCUGCGCAGCGAGGUGAGCAGCGAGGUGGGCAGCACAGGACCCCCGGGCUCCGAGGCCAGCGGGCCCCCGGCCCCAGUCCCGCCCGCCCUCAUCGAGGGCUCUGCCACCGAAGUGUAUGCGGGCGAAUGGCGCGCCGACCGGCGCAGCGGCUUCGGCGUGAGCCAGCGCUCCAAUGGGCUGCGCUAUGAGGGCGAGUGGCUGGGCAACCGGCGGCACGGCUACGGACGCACCACCCGCCCGGACGGCUCCCGCGAGGAGGGCAAGUACAAGCGCAACCGGCUGGUGCACGGGGGGCGUGUGCGCAGCCUCCUGCCUCUGGCCCUUCGCCGGGGCAAAGUCAAGGAGAAGGUGGACAGGGCUGUCGAAGGCGCCCGUCGAGCCGUGAGUGCUGCCCGCCAGCGCCAGGAGAUCGCCGCUGCCAGGGCGGCAGAUGCCCUUCUAAAGGCAGUGGCAGCCAGCAGUGUCGCCGAGAAGGCUGUGGAGGCAGCUCGAAUGGCCAAACUGAUAGCCCAGGACCUGCAACCUAUGUUAGAGGCCCCAGGCCGCAGACCCAGGCAGGACUCAGAAGGCUCCGACACAGAACCCUUGGAUGAGGACAGCCCUGGGGUAUACGAAAAUGGACUGACACCCUCAGAGGGCUCCCCUGAACUGCCCAGCAGUCCUGCCUCCUCCCGCCAACCCUGGCGACCCCCUGCACGCCGGAGCCCACUGCCUCCUGGAGGGGACCGGGGUCCCUUCUCCAGCCCCAAAGCUUGGCCUGAGGAGUGGGGGGGCCCCGGUGAACAGUCAGAGGAACUAGCUGGCUAUGAGGCCGAGGACGAGGCUGGGAUGCAGGGGCCCGGGCCCAGAGACGGUUCCCCACUUCUUGGAGGCUGCAGCGACAGCUCCGGAAGUCUUCGAGAGGAGGAAGGGGAAGAUGAAGAGCCCUUGCCCCAGCUGAGAGCCCCAGGGGGCUCGGAGCCUGAGCCCAUGGCCAUGCCAGUCCUGAGGGACCCAGCCUCGAGGGGUCCCGAGGCCGGGUGCCUGAUGGAAGAGCUUGAGGAGCCUGCUGCAACCGAGAGGCCCGCCCAGCCGGGAGCUGCCAACCCCCUGGUGGUGGGAGCCGUGGCCCUCCUGGACCUCAGCCUGGCGUUCCUGUUCUCCCAGCUCCUCACCUGAGGCUCCUGCCCAGCCUAGUUCUGGCUUCGGUUGCUGCCUCUUCACUUCUUUGACCUGCCUUUUUCUCUUUUCCUCCUGGUUGUUUUUAUCUCCUAUCUUUAUUUCUCUUCUUCCUUCCCUUUCUUUUCUCUCCCCCUUUGGUUUGUCUUUGGCUUUUUCUUUCCAGCUUUCCUUUCCGAUUCUCUCAUUUAUUCUGAAUCUGUCUCUGUCUCCCUCACUCCCUCCCCCAUCCCACCCCACCUCUCUCUCUAGAUUGUUUACAUAUGAAGGGCUUUUCUUGCUCAGAGUCGCU